UUCUAAAAAUUCGCAGGCUCAGUAGUUACUCAUGGUACGGCUACUCCAUCUGCUGCUGAACGCGCUGCCGCUGCUCCCGCAUCACAGCGCAGCGCAGUAAAUAUCUGGUCCCGUCGAUAUGAGCUUCUUAGAAAGCGCGUCGCUCGGUUUAAUUUCGGUUUGAAAGAGCGUCCACGAAUGGCUGCCUCCGCGUUUCCACGGGCGAUGUCUGCGUCGCUGCAUCCGCGGAGGCCGGAGUCAUCCGCGCGGAGGCUCGAGCCGCCGGACGCCGAUCGUUUUCCGCCGCGGUGCAACGGCCGCGGUGCAACGGCCGUGGUGCAACGGCCGUGGUGCGGCGCCAUGCGUCGUGCGGAGGCGUGAGCCAUCGUCGUCACCGCAUGUUGUGGAGUCGACGGCAGCGGUUUGUAGCCGCGCGGUUGAUAACGAGAGGCCUUCAUCCCGCGGAGGGUCGCGGCGGCUGCGACAGCGGUCCCCUCGCGCGCGUAUCGCCGCGCGACGCAUAUCGCCGUUGCAAGCAUAGCGCCGCUAGACUUUUGCUUCGCUAUCAACGAUUCGCGUCAAGACCGCUGUCUCGCAGAUCUGCAGUGAGACGUCGCAGAUUGUCGUUUCGUGCAGCAGCACCGACACCGGUGACUGCUGCCAGUCUUGCAGCGGACGAGCGAUUUUCACGCGACUCUGCCGCGAGGCUCUGGACGGACCUUGGAUCAGCGCGCGCGCGCCUCUCUCCCGCCGUUGCGCGUUCGUCCCUCUCGACGUUGCGCGCGCGUCACUCCGACGGUGCGCGCGUCAAUCCAAUGGUGCGCGCGUCAAUCCGACGGUGCGCGCGUCAAUCCGAUGGUGCGCGCGUCAAUGGGGGCGCGCGGGACUGGGCUGGACGCUUUCCUCCUCGGCUGAUGCUGCCGUUGCCCGUGGCGACGCAUGGGGAAUGGGGGCGUCACUCCGACGGUGCGCGUGGGACUGGACUCGACGCCUUUCCUCCUCGGCUGCUGCUGCUGCUGCCGUUGCGCUUGGCGACUGGUACGUGCGAGGGGCGGAGCUGUGGGGGGCGAGUAGCGCAUAUAGAGCGUCUCGAGUCGUGCUCCUUGUGCUCGAGUCCUCGCCAUUUUCGACGGAUCCUAACACGCAUUCGUCGUUCGUGUGUGUGGCUCUCUCUCUGUGCGCGCGUCUGUGUCUCUCGCCAUGCUGCGAUGCGAGGAGGCGGGUGGAGCCAGCAGCGCUUAAGCCUGCGGCAAGAGUGGUGCUGCAACGACGGUGGCGGAAUGGUGGCAGAAUGAGGGCGGAAUGGGGGCGCGUGGGACAAGACGCCUUUCACUGGGCCACUCUCUUCCAAGGCUGCUCCUGGCGUUGCCCGUGGCAACACAAGGGGAAUGGGCGCGCGUGGGACUCGACGCGUUUCUCCUACAGCUGCUGCUGCUGCUGCUGCUGCUGCCCUUACCACAGCUGCUGUCCUUGGGGACGGGUACAUGCGAGGGGCAGGGCUGUGGGGGGGCGAGUAGCGCAUUCAGAGUGUCUCGAGGCUAGCUCCCUCUGCUCGAGUCCAGCUCCUCGUCACCUGAUCCCAACACGGUUUCCUGUGCUUGUGGCGUGCCGGUGCAUGCGUCUGCUUCUAACUGUGGCGGAAUGCUGCAUGCACGGCACGGCGUACACGUCUUGGAGGAGUGGAGAAGUGGUGGCUGGCAGCCCUUGCUUGGAGCGGUUGUGGCAGCUGCGGCGACUGCGGCGGCGGCGGCAGCAGCAGAGAAGACCGCAUAUAAAGCGCCUCGAGUCUUGCUUCCUCUGCUUGAGUCCUCUGCUUGAGUCCUCUGCUUGAGUCCUCUGCUUGAGUCCUCUGCUUGAGUCCUCGCCCCUUUUGCCUGAUCCUAACACUUUUCUCUUUCCCGUGUUUGUGGUUGUGGCUCGCUGUGCGUCUGGUUCUGCCGGUGGCGGUGUGCUGCGGGCACUGCGCGGCCCACACGCCUUGGCCCACACGCCUUGACCCACACGCCUUGGCCCACACGCCUUGGCCCACACGCCUUGACCCACACGCCUUGGCCCA